AUGGCAGUGGGGCAUUGGGUCCCAGAGCAAUCCCCUUUUGUCACGAGCACGUUUGAUAUGUUCGGACCGUUGGAUCGAACUCAAACUCACAUGUCAGAUCUGAUUAGACGUCGUAGGUCGGUGACGACUACACCGAGUUCGGAGACCCCGGCUCGGUCGGCAUUUGCUACCACUGCUCCAGCACUAAUGGACCAACUGCCAGGGGUGUCCCAGGAGCCUGCGUCAUCAGCUUCAUCAGUGGCGCAGCCUGUUAGCGCUAGGCAGUGGCAUCGGCCCGUAAGCACCACUGACACGACGUUGACCGACGGUACUGUUGCCUUGGGGUCACAGCCAGCCAAGAAGAACACCCGAGGGCCGUGUCGGCAGCUGAAGACGGCGAAGGUCACCCGGGUGACCAACAGUUGUAUUAGCAUCGGAUAUGACGAGCGCCAUCGGGCUGCACCGACAGCGGAGUUGCAUAGCUCCUUGGCCCACGACAUUGGCCACGUCAUUCGGACCCAUUGCCCGAUGCACUGGAAGUCUUGGAAGGUCAUGCCUGAUGAGAUCAAGAUGGAGGUUCGCGGCCAGUUGUCGACGAACUAUAAGUUAGAGGACCUCAAUGAGGAGUCGUUGGUGUACGUCAACAGACUCUUCGGUAAGAGGUACAAGCAGUGGAAGAGCGACUUGCACCACCAUUUUCAGGCGUUUGAUGAUCCAGAAGUCGCUCUUCGGGAGGGUUGCCCGAAGGAGCUUGAGGGGCGGGAGGAUAGUUGGGCAUGGCUCUGCACUCAUUUUCAAGCGCUCGAUUAUGUGGUAUUUGUUUAA